CGCAGCCAUGCUCUACCUCCUCGACUACGGCGCAGGCAAUGUGCGCAGCCUCGCAAACUCAAUCCGCAAGCUCGGCCACGACUUUGCCUGGGUCACCUCGCCCAGCGACCUCGACCAGGCCACGGCGCUGCUCUUCCCCGGCGUCGGCGCCUUUGGGCCCGCACUCGCCUCGCUGCGCGCCUCGGGCUACGCCGAGGCGCUGGCGGCCUACAUUGCCUCGGGGCGCCCCUACAUGGGCAUCUGCAUCGGCAUGCAGGCGCUGUUCGAGGCGAGCGACGAGGCGCCGGGCGUCGCCGGCCUCGGCGUCGUGCCGGGCCGCGUGGCGCGCUUCGACGCCGCCAAAGGCGCCAAGAGUGUGCCGCAGAUGGGCUGGAACGUGGCGCGGCCGCUGCGCUCCGACGCCGCUCACUUCGGCAUCCCCGCCGCCGCCGCCGCCACGGGCUCGCAGCAGCAGCAGCAAGAGACGCACUUCUACUUUGUGCACUCCUACCGCGCCGCGUACGAGCCGGCGCUGCACCACGAGUGGGCCCUCACCACGACGCAGUACGGCGACGAGGUCUUUCUCUCCUCGGUGCGCCGCCACAACGUCUUUGCCACGCAGUUCCACCCCGAGAAGAGCGGCCGCGCCGGGCUCGAGGUGCUGCGUGCCUGGCUGGAGGGCGGCGCCGCGGCGGCGGCACAGGAGGAGGUGCGCUGGCUCGUGGACCCGCAGCACGCCGCCUCGCCAGCCGCCGCCGACGGCCUGACGAAGCGCGUCGUGGCGUGUCUGGAUGUGCGCAGCAACGACGAGGGCGACCUCGUCGUCACCAAGGGCGAGAGCUACGACGUGCGCGAAAAGGCGGCCGGCGCCUCGAGCGGCGGCGUGGGCGCCGUGCGCAACCUCGGCAAGCCCGUGGCGCUCUCGCAGCGCUACUACGCCGAGGGCGCCGACGAGGUCGUCUUUCUCAACAUCACCUCGUUCCGCUCCGCGGCGCUGCGCGACCAGCCGAUGCUGGCCGUCGUGGAAAACGCGGCGGCGACCGUCUUUGUGCCGCUCACCGUCGGCGGCGGCAUCAAGGCGAGCGUGGAUCCCGACGGCACGCCGCACAGCGCAAAGGAGGUGGCCGAUGCGUACUUCCGCGCCGGCGCAGACAAGGUCAGCAUCGGCUCCGAGGCCGUCGUGGCCGUGCUGGAGCUGCUCGAGGCAGCCGGCGCCAGCGUGGCAGGCGAUCCGGCGCUGGCAAAGGACUCGGCGCUGAGCGGCAGCACGGGCAUCGAGCAGAUCUCCAAAGCGUACGGCGCACAGGCCGUCGUCGUGUCCAUCGAUCCGAAGCGCGUCUACGUCGAUGCGUCCGAAGUUGCCGCGCACCCGCACGCGCGCUCCAUCGUCGAGGGUGCCAAGGGCUCGCGCGACGAGGGCCGGCAGUGGUGGUACACGGCGACGAUCUCGGGCGGGCGCGAGACGCGCGACCUCGACGUCGUGCAGCUGGCGCGCGGCGUGCAGCGCCUCGGCGCCGGCGAGAUUCUGCUCAACUCCAUCGACCAGGACGGCCAGGGCCGCGGCUUCGACCGCCUGCUCAUUGAUCUGGUGCGGCGAAGCGUGGGCAUUCCCGUCGUCGCCAGCUCUGGCGCGGGAAAGGCACAGCACUUCCUCGAUGUCUUUGAGCCGCUGCCGCUGCGCGAGGGUGCAGCGCCCUCGUCUGUCGAGGCAGCACUGGCUGCGGGCGUCUUCCACCGCGAAGAGGUGCGCAUCGAGGACGUCAAGGCGGCGCUCAAGCAGGCCGGCUUUCCCGUGCGGCGGGAAGAGGUGCUGGCCGGCGCGGGAGAGGCGGCAAAGGUGCCGGGCGUGCAGGCGUAACUUGAUAGAAUUCAGCUGAUGGGGCGAUGGUAUGGAAGAUGCGGAGAAGCGGGAUGAGACAGGGAGGAGAUGAACGGAUGAGGCUG